AUGAAUAAAGCUCUAGCAUUAGUUGCUUCUUCAUUCUUGAUUUUGUUGUUGGCUUCUCCAACAGUUUUUGCAACAGAUUACACUGUUGGAGAUGCCUCUGGAUGGACCCUUGGAGUUGAUUACACCAAAUGGGUUGCAGGGAAACAAUUCAAAGUUGGUGAUACUCUAAAUUCUAGUGGUGUUACCCAAUUUGUUGGGGAUUCGGUUGGUUCUUCUUCUUUUGUUCUUGGAUUUGCAUGUGUUAUGGGGAAGAGGCACGCACAGCGUGUUCCUGUGUUCUCAGAGUUCUUGCGGAGCACAGCAUCAGCUGUAAACAAAGAAAAGAAAAAAGAUUACUUUACAUACUUGAUUAUUCUCUUUGCUGCUGCUGCUGGUUUCUUAGGUUAA